UAUUGGACAAGAUGGCUGUCAACAUUCAAAACUGCAAGGACUUUUCUUUCGAAAACUUACAUCAAACUGAACGAGAAGUCAUCAUGUUUUGUUCCAAAUACAAUAAUCGUCCAACAAAAGCUACUGUUCAUGAUUUAAUGGAAGAUGUAGAGAAAUUCUCRACAAAUACGAUCUUAAAGUCUAACAUUCCUCUACAUGUSCAGUGUCGAUGGGUGACAGCUAUUGCCAAUCAACCUUGGUUGGUCCCUGAGAAUAGUUCUAUUGCUGAAGUACAAGUGAAUUCCUUGCUACAGUAUAUGUCUUCUUCUAAUCUAUGGGUCCGAUCGCUGGCUUGCAGUCUUGUUCGAGUGUUUAGUGGUGAAUUGAAUCCAAAUGGACAACAUAUUAUAACACAAGUUACAAUCAUUUGUAAGAAUCUGAUGACAACAAUAGAGGGUUCCAUGGCAUCAGAUGUAGAAAGUACUGGGUUGUGUGAAAUAGUAGCUUGUUCUUCACUUUGUUACAUCGCAAACUACUGGCUGGCUUURAUUCCACAAAAAUCUACUCCAUUUGUAUUGCUUGCCAUCAAAACAUUUCUCAAUAUCUUAGAAAAACCAAGAASYGAUGUCACUCCUUUUAUAUAUCAGGUUGCYUCUGACAGCCUAACACAAGUAUUUCAUGUUCCUAUUCUGUGGCUUGGUAUUCUUAACGAUAAAGAACGACUAGAGGCUGUUGCCAGACUACUUGGUAUUUUACAGUACUUUUCCUCACAGAAGAAAAAAGAAAACAUUACUAUAAUUAAACUGUUACAGGCUACAAAUAUGGAUAACUUAUUAAGAACAAUGAUUGGACUACCRGAUUCAGUGCAAUUGUUACUUGGAAUAUUACUGGAAUUGCUGCCUCCUGUCACACCAACUGAUGAUGCACCAUUCCUUGAAGUACGUUGGUUAUCACUGUGUAUUAUAUGGAGGUUUCUUCACAUGAUUGGCAUCGCUGCUGAUGACAACACUGCACUUCUCACCAUGAUCAACAAAGGUUGCAGUAGCGUUGAACAGGUUACAUACUUACAUAAACUGGUAUCUACUAAAUUCAAAGAGUACUUAACUAUGGGAGGGUUUAAGGUAACAGAUGACAGCAAGGCUAUAGCUACUAGCUUACCAUAGUUUAACUAGAUCAAGGGUAAGUUACCAUAGUUACUAGUUAACAUAGUUUUUAUAAUAAGAAAACACUUUUUUGUUAACAUGCUCUCCCAAGUGUGGUUCAAGGCAUUAUAUUUCUAAGAUGUUUAUGAAAUUAUUAAAUCUUAGAAUAGUUGAUUUAUAGAAAUGUUUGAUAUAAAAGUACAAAAUUGAAUGAAUUUUCAAAAUUUGAGAACAUAUUACUAUCAUCUCAUGAUAACAUGGUUUUUAUGGAAUACAUGUAUUUGUAAAAUAUUCUUCRUUCAUUUUCAAACUAUAUUAAAGAAUGUUAAUUAGUUAUUAACAAUUUUUAACAAUUUAAAUUAAUUUUUUACACUAUAAAUUUAAUCGUCUAUAAAUAGACAUAAUGUUUGGAUGGUUACUGUAGCAACAGUCUCCCUCAAAAGUCGAUAGGCACAGAAUACGUCACUUCUUAUCUAUGUGAUUCUAAACCAGUAGUUUCAACGUAUUUUCUAAAAUGCUCUAUACGUAUUUCAUUUCAAAAAGAUAUAGCAUUCCGUGCAAAUUGUGAAAUGCGUGUAUUAGUACUUGACCCUUCCAAGGUGGGUCCGUGCUAUCUUUACAACUCUACUGAUAAUGUUCUCAUAACGCAAAGAAAGUGAGAAGCGAAUCUUGGAAGUUAAACUUUAGUUAACUAAAACACUCCCAUGAUGAUAUGUGCGAAUUCAGUCAAGACUUUUGACUUGAAAGGGUUUAUAUUUUGUCAGAAAACAAAAAUGCGAAACCGGGACGAUUUUUUUCAUCAGUGUAAUGAACUCAUCGAUGAAAAAUCUUCAAAAUUUGGAAAUAUUUUGUUUGAAGUGAAUAGAUGACCUCGAUAUCAAGCAAAAACUUUAGACUUAGACAAGGCCAGUUCGGUAAUAGUUUGUCCUUACCCCAUCCCCCUAUGUCGUAUUAGUUGGAGCGAUAGUGGGAAUGAAAAAGUCUCCGUAGUAGCAUGGAAUUUGUUUUUUUUUAGUAAACCGUAACAGCUGUAUUCGGUCGUUUGCAAGUAUACGCAUUUCAAAACAUCGUCUAGUUGUGAAAAUGAUCAAAUUGUUUUUAAGAAUCCGAAAGAGUUCCUCGAAUCAUUUUAGUCGUCCCGAAAAAAUCCUUUCCAUUCAAACAGCACUAAUCCAUCUCAACGUAAAGUCGUAGUUCAGUCACCUGAGAUUUUUUUAUGGAGUUGAUGGGAUUUGUGUUUUUUUCUGUGCUGUAAUAGUGAUCUAGUGUAGUAGGAGACAUGUCAACUGACCCUAGAUCACCGUAGAGCAACACCCAUGUGGACGUUGAUAGAAAAUUGAAUCUMCACACAUCAAACCAGCAUAGGAAAUCAUUAACACAUGCCUAGGAUUAGAAGUUUGGGGUUAAUUGUAAAAUCAGCGUAAUUUAAGCUUGUUCUAUUUCAUUGUAUGGGUGUACCAUCAUUGGUUGCCCUUUGGUAUGUUACUUUACAAGUUUAUUCCUCUCAAAGAGAGCAACAUUUUCGUCACGAUAUAUUGAAUAAUGAAGCUAAUUUGACUGAGAUAAAAAGUCCAUUGUUAUCGCGAGCAUCCUCUGUAAGGCAUCCGUCUCGUCACGAUAGACACAUUUAUCAACACAUUGAUGUGUGUCUGAAAAAAGUCAUCAAUUUUACCUCGAUACGCUAAGAAUGACCUUGGUUAUGCCUAAAGAAACUCUUCAUAUUUUAAUCCUUGAAAAAAUAACUYGAAAAAUCGUCAGGAAUUCGUUUCUAUGCGAAACAUAUUUUCGUUGUUUCUUUCCCGGUGAGCGACUCACUCCAUAUAAGGAGUGCGUGACGUCGGGGUCACUCUCGUAAAGGGCAAACACGCCGGCUGUAAAAUUGUCAAAUUCUUGUUGUCGAUUUGUAGUUCUUUAGAUUCUUGUGUUUCRURUAUGAUCUAACAAUCACGUAAGCASGAUAAAUAUUAUUUGACAAGAGAGUUCGAAAAAAAGAGAAUGGUAUCCAAGAAACAGGAGUUUAAUUCUAAGUGUUAUAGAUUAUAUUAUAAUAGGUUAAUUUAAACUAAGCAAAAAUGGUUUAAAAAUAUGCCAUUUUUAACGAAAAGGCAGAUUAAUUUGACUGCAGAUAUAUAAACAUUAUAUGAGGUUGGUAGUGGGGUAUUAUCGAUGGAUAACCGGAAGCUGUCUUUAUACAAAUAUUAUGUAUUUUUUUUGCUUUUUAUCGCGUUCUAUUUAGUGCUUACAAUAAAACUUUCUGACCACAGGGAAUACA